AUGGCACUCAAUUCUCCAUUCAACUACGAGAUUCACGGUGCUCAUCGACACUACGAUUAUCGAUAUCCAAAUGGUGAAGAGAGAGAUGAAAUGCAGAGAAUGAAUUUGCAACCAUACUGGGCUCGAAAAGAGAUGGAUCGAAGAGAUGAUAAUGUGCUGGACAACCAUGAGAAGUUCGCCGUUCAGUUGAACGUUUCGAAUUUCAAGCCAGAAGAGCUCAAGGUUUCACUUGUCGGUCGUCAUUUAUGCGUUGAAGGGCAUCAUGAGGAGAAAAAAGAUGGUCAUGGGAUGAUUUCCAGAUCCUUUAAACGAUCGUAUUUAUUGCCAAAGGAUUGUGAUUUGGAUGGAGUGUCAUCACAUGUUUCUGAUCAUGGAUUGCUUAGUGUUCAAGCACCGAAAUUUCAUCCAAAUGAAGGCGAAGGUCGUGCGAUUCCGAUUCAAAGCGGAAAA